AUGGCCCCCCCAACCUCAAAAAAAAGACGUCUCCCGCCCCCCAGCGAGGACCACGAGCACUCAGACAUCUCGGAAGACGACUUUCAGGUCGGCCUUCUUGACGGCGCACUCUCCGGCAGCGAGAACGAAGAGGAGGACGACAGCGACUACGACAGUUCCGGCGAGGGUAGCAGCGAGGAGUCUGAGGAUGAGCCGGACGAAGGCGAUGAGGACGAGGAGUCUGACUCGGAAGACGAGGACGAGAAGGAGGUAGACGACGCCGGGACCGCCGCGGCCGGCGAAAAGCUCAGCGACCUGACGCUCGCCGGCGGGGACAAGUUCGCAGCCAACCGCAAGAUUGCGAUUGACUCUGCAGGGAACGAGCGGUACAUCUACCCCGAGAUCGACCCCGUGUAUGACAGUGACGACACGGACGCGGGCGACGACGGCGCGAACACGAUUGGGAAUAUACCGCUUGACUUCUACGACGAGUAUCCGCACGUGGGGUACGACAUCAACGGGAAGAAGAUCAUGCGGCCGGCGAAGGGGGAGGCGUUGGAUGCGCUGCUGGAGAGCAUCGAGGUGCCGAAAGGCUGGACGGGGAUGACGGAUAAGGAUACGGGGUUGGGCGUGAAGCUGACGGAUGAGGAGCUGGAGAUGGUGAGGAAGAUACAGAUGGAUGAGAAUGCGGCGGGGUAUGAUCCGUACCAGCCUACGGUGGAGUACUUCACUUCAAAAACAGAGAUAAUGCCGCUGUCGGCCGCGCCGGAGCCCAAGCGCCGUUUCGUCCCCUCGAAGCAUGAGGCGAAGCGCAUCAUGAAGAUUGUCAAGGCCAUCCGCGAAGGCCGUAUCGUCCCUAAUAAGCCGAAAGAGCCCGAGAAGCCCUCGUUCUACGACAUCUGGGCCGACGAGCUCCCGCCCCGCCCAGACCACAUCAUGAACAUCCCCGCGCCGAAGCUGCCACCGCCGACCCAUGACGAGAGUUACAACCCGCCAAAGGAAUAUCUACCCACCGAGGCGGAGCGCAAGGCCUGGGAGGAGAUGGAUCCUGAGGACCGACCAAAGGACUACCUGCCAAGAGCUCAUUCAGCGCUCAGAUUGGUGCCUGGGUUUAAUGGAUUUAUUAAGGAGCGCUUUGAGAGGUGUUUGGACUUGUACCUUGCUCCUAGGGUCAGGAGAAAUAAGCUUAAUAUCGACCCUGAGAGCUUGCUGCCAAAGCUGCCGAGUCCCCAGGAUCUGAGACCAUUCCCGACAACAACGGCGACAGUGUACAGAGGGCAUGUGGGAAGAGUGAGGACGCUGUCCUGUGAUCCUAGUGGAAUAUGGCUAGCGACUGGUGGUGACGACGGUACAGUCAGAGUGUGGGAGAUCUUGACUGGAAGAGAGGUGUGGAAGCUGCAGGUUGGCGAGGACGGAGAGGCCGUGAAUGCAGUCAAGUGGAGGCCGGGCAAGGAAGCUGCUGUUCUGGCUGCUGCUACCGGCGACGACGUAUUCCUAAUCCACCCCCCCAUCUUCGACCCCGAGACCGAAACCACCACAAAAGACCUCCUCGCCGCCGGCUGGGGCUACGCCGAAAUCGUCAAGAAAGACCCCCUCAAGAAGGAGCCCCCCGCAAAAUGGACCAAGCCGUCCCCCACACAACAAGAGUCCGGCGUCGCCGUCAUCGUCACCACAAAGCACACCGUCAAACACAUCUCCUGGCACCGCCGCGGCGACUACUUCGCCACUGUCUCGCCCGAGGGCCAGAACCGCGCCGUCGCCAUCCACCAGCUCUCAAAACACAACUCCCAAUCCCCCUUCCGCAAGUCGCGUGGUAUCAUCCAGCGCGUCGAGUUCCACCCCUUCAGACCACACCUGUUCGUCGCGACGCAGCGCUACAUCCGAGUGUACGACCUCGCGAAGCAGGAGCUGCUCAAGACGCUGCAGCCGGGGUCAAGGUGGAUAUCCAGCUUCGACAUCCACCCGGGCGGUGAUAACCUGAUUGUGGGAGCGUACGACAAGCGGCUGCUGUGGCACGAUAUGGACCUGUCGACGAAGCCGUACAAGACGAUGCGGUACCACCAGAAGGCGAUUCGUGGCGUGAAAUACCACCAGGGUGGGCUCCCGCUGUUCUGCUCGGCGAGUGACGAUGGGCAGAUCCAGAUCUUCCACGGGAGGGUGUAUGGCGACUUGAUGGAGAAUGCGCUGAUUGUGCCGCUGAAGGUGCUGAGGGGGCAUAAGGUGGAGAAGAGCUUAGGUGUGCUCGAUGUGGAGUGGCAUAGCAGGGAGUGUUGGCUGUUUAGUGCGGGGGCGGAUGGGACGGCGAGGUUGUGGAAUUAG